AUGCUAGGAGUGAAAAAUAAAUUAGUAUUUCCUUGCUCGGGAACCAUCAUAGGAUCCAAGCUUGAAGAAAAUGGUUCAUUCACCCAUACCAUCCUCACUUCUGCCAAUCUCCUCAUUACCCGCGCUGCUUCAACUUCGGAGGAUCAUCCUCCUCUGUCUCCUGAACCUGGUAUCAAGGUUUAUGUGUAUUUAUCAAGUGGUGAUUCAUUUGAGGGUGAAAUUUUUGGUUUUAAUUUUCAUUACAACAUUGCCAUCAUCAAAUUCAAGUCCAGCUCACGCUUCCCGACUGCAAUUCUGAAGCACAUAGAUGGUUCCAUUCCUCUAACUACCAAAGAUGAGCUACAGUACACGUCAUUUGGACUCCGUCCACACGCCGAACCUUCAGAUUUAUUCAACCUUUGUCCUGGAGAGAAGGUAAUAGCACUUGGCCGCCAUUACUUAUCCCACAGUCUCAUGGUUGCACCAGGUGCUUUCAGACCUGGUGUGCGCAGACCAGGUUUGCUCAGACCACGUUUUUCCGGACCUGGUUUCCGUGAUUAUGAUUGCGUAGAGCUUCUCACAGCAAGUUGCAGGAUUACUGUAGGUGGUAGUGGGGGACCCCUUAUCAAUUGUAAUGGUGAAGUCAUUGGAAUCAAUUUCUAUGAGCAUUCUUAUACUUCUUUUCUGCCAAUCAAUAUUGCUUCUAGGUGCUUGGAAUGCUUGGAGAAAAAUGGGAGAGUUCCUCAACCUUGGUUUGGGGUUAAAGUGACUAGUUGUAAUGCAAUAAGUGCAAAUAUAUUUGAAAAAAUAAUUCAGAAGUUUGGCCACAUCAGCGAAGGUGUUCUUGUUGAAGAGGUUAUACCAGAUUCUCCUGCUUGUUCUUCUGGCAUGCGUCCUAAUGACAUUAUCAUUCGAUGUGGUAAACAGGCUGUUGUAUCUUCCUCUGAGUUCUAUGGAAUUUUGCUCGAUAAUACUGGAGAAUCCAUGGAAGUAAUUGUGAUGAGGCCAUGUCUUGGAAGAGAUUUGAGUCUAACCAUAAAGGUUAUCAAUGAAACAAACCCGAAGAAAUAUUACAGAUGGCCGGUUCCAGAAGAGGCAUUUUGAGGAGGCGUGGUGCCCCUGGCUAUGGUCGAAUAUGAUGUGUACCUACUCAAGAACUUAUUUUAUUUAUGUUCUAAUUGUGCAAUGUACACAGUUAAAAAU